UAUGCAGGGGAGAGAUUUGUAUAUUGGUACGGAACAGAAGCAAUGAUUUGCAUCUCUGAUGUAGAGCUGGUGAAAGAGAUUUUAUCAAAUAAAUUUGGUUUCUAUCCAAAACGAAAAGUAAGGCGGCCUUCUACAGUAACACUAGUAGGAGAAGGGUUAGUUGGAAGAGAAGCCUUUAAAGCACAAACAGAGCUUCAAUUGCUUUGUGCAAAUUCAAGUUCUGACAUUUUCAUUCCUGGAACACAGUGCUAUAUAUAUUAUCAUCCUUCAAUUUCCUUUGUCAAACCUACUAAGUCAAACAUUGAGAUAUGGAAGCUUGAUAGGGAAAUGAAGGAAUCACUAAAAUGCAUUAUUGAAAGUAGGUUGAAUUCUCAAUCAGAUCAUUGUUAUGGAGAUGAUCUACUAGGAAUAAUGAUGGAUACAAAGAAUGGUGGUGCUGAUGAAUUGAAGAUGAAUGAAAUCAUGGAAGAAUGCAAGACCUUUUUCUUUGCCGGUCAUGAAACCACUUCAAAUUGGCUUGUUUGGAAUGUCUUUUUGAUGAGUUUGCAUAAGGAUUGGCAAGACAAACUUAGACAAGAGAUCUUGGAGUUUUGUGGCAUGGAAAUUCCUGAUGCAGAUAUGCUAUCAAAGUUAAAAAUGGUGAAUAUGGUGUUGGUGGAAUCAUUAAGGCUGUACUGUCCUGCAAUAGAACUCAAAAGCAUGAAAUUAGGAAAUUUGAUGAUACCAAAAGGAACAUUUAUCAAAAUUCCAAUUACAAUGAUUCACAGAAGUACAAAAUACUGGGGUGAAGAUGCAAAUGAGUUCAAUCCAAUGAGAUUCAUAAAUGGAAUAUCUAAGGUUGCAAAUCAUCCAAAUGCUCUACUUACAUUUUCAGUAGGUCCAAGAAAUUGCAUUAGUCAGAAUUUUGCCAUGUUGGAAGCUAAGACAGUGAUGACUUUAAUUCUUCAAAGGUUUUCUUGGUCUCUUUCUCGUAACUAUGAACAUGCACCUGUUAACAACCUCACUUUGCAGCCACAACAUGGUCUUCCCAUCAUUAUAAAACCAUUGCAGUUAUAAUUCUUAAUGUAUUUUUAUCAUUUCAUAUCUAGCUACUGCCUAUACUUUCUAAAUUGGCUACAAUAUAUAGAGAUGAAUGCAUCCUG